GUUGCCAGGACUCCAGUCCCCGCCGAGACACCAGCUCGAAAAUAACAACUAUCUAGUGCCUUUCGUUUAAUCCCGCGUUGAGUAUCGCAGAAACAGAAAUUUUAAUUGUAUAAGACUAAAAAAAUAAUCAAUACGAAUUUUUAGUUAUUUAUUAAUAAUUUUUUUCUUCACAUACAUUGUACAUGUACUCAACGAUAUGAAGUACAACCGAAACUCUAAAUUAUGAAGAAAUAAUUGAAAACGAACAGGAAGAAGACAGGAAAUAAAAAAACUUAACACGCGGCUUUACUUGGGGUUAAUUGUUGCUUGAAAGAAACAAAAUUUCUUCACGUCGAUCCCGUUUUUCUUUCUAAUAACUACCCCGCGAAACUACGCGGACGCGUUGACUAUCAUGUAGGUGAGUGUCGAUGCGAUAUAUAAUAAUCACCGACUAUUUGGAUACCAGCUGCAGCGGAAGACCUGGACCAUAAUUCUUACAACUAAAAAGUGUUACACGAUCAAAAGUUCUUCUGAUUAGAUAAAAGUGUGAAAUUUAUUAAACGAUCUGUAAAAACGGGUAUCAGAUUCACAGUCAAUCGAAUAAUAAUCUCCACCGCACAUAAAGGGCGGGUGUAUAUACAAAAUAAAAGUAAGGCUGCAGCUCUAGACGAACCGCAUGAAAAUGGGAGAGGAGAUGCGGCGGUCGAGGUUCACCAAACUUCUUCCGUUACUCUGCAUCUUUGCAAUAUGUGUCGCCGGGGCAAGCGCCCUUCAAGGUGAAGAGACUUCGAAGGCUGGGAAGGCGGAUAUUGCGAGAGUACAGCGAGACUUGGACGAUCAAACCCAAGAAUCCUGGAAGCCAUUCUUUGACACGACGUUCCCCAAGACUACGGCUAGCGAAAUUAUCGGCGACGACCAAGACGAUAGUCGGGAGAAGGGGGAAAAAUUCCCUGGGCUCAAUAUCGAAAACGAGAACGAAGAGGCGAAUAUCUUUCUCUUGAACCGACCCCGAAAAAGAUUGCGAGUUCGAGUUCCGGUAAAUCGGGGCGACGGAAACCACAAAUUAACCGUGGUUAGACGCAAGCCACUUAACGGACCUUUUUCCGAAGCCCAACAGGCGCUACCGGCACCCCGUAGAUUUAUAGUUACUCGAGUAAGAACACCUGCGAUAGCCAAAACGAUCGAAUAUGAGGGGCGAAAUGAUGAAACGAGCGAAAGUAGUUUCGAAAGCUCGACGGCCCCUCGACGCAGGGUGACUGUUACACGUCGGAGGAAAAUUCAGCCCACAUCUACCGACGAUGCACCAAUCAAGGCAAGGGUUACUCGUAAAAAGCUCGUUAACGUACGACCGAUUCUACCGGUAACACCAACCCCGACACUAACACCGACACUGGCGAUUAUCACCGCUGGAUUUUAUGGAACCUCGGAAGACGACGAAGACGAAAGUGAGGAAGAAUCGGAUGACGAUCCAGACCUGCAGGAUUAUAGUCCUGACAGUUCGGAGGGCGAUUAUUUUACCGCAACCGUGACACCCGGUUUACAAGGAACCACGCUCGAUUCGAUCGAAAAUAAAUCCAAUGAAACCUCCAUCGACGAGGAGUUUUUGCUUACUUCGAGCACAACUGCCAGCUCUGCAGUUAUUCUGACGGAUCAUUUUUUCCUACCGUCAGAAGAGGAAGAUUAUUACGACGACGAAGAAUACGACGAAGACUCCAAGGGCGAAGGGAUUUCUUCAACGACGGAAGCUACCGUUCCUCCGUUAACUACGAAAUCAGUAACUCCGGAAAGUCCCAAAGAUCUGAACCCCGAGAGAAACAUGUCUGGUGAAGAAAAACCCUUUGUCACCUUGGAAAGCCCUCAGCCGAUAGAAAUUCCAAUUAUUACACCAAACGUCGAGUCUUCGACACCCGCGAAUUCGCUGGAAUCAAAUUCAGAUGAAUCUAAUUUUAGUAGCACCGCUGAAGAUGCUACCACCGAACCCUCGAAGGAUAUAUCAAACGUAUCUGUAACUAGUCUUCUCGCGACGCGACUAUUUCCAUCGGCUUCACCCCCGGUCCAAGAGGACGCAGGGGUCGACUCUUCUACCGAAUCUCUGUCAUCACAUUCGACUCCCCUUUCUCUCCAUCCAACCCCAAUUCGAACGGAUCCGACUCCAUCUCAGUCUUCGACUCCGGCUUCGGUUUCCGAAUAUAUGACGAGCGUUUAUUAUUCCGAGACAAUAGUGACCUCGACGAGAUUGCGCACGUAUACGUACGUGGUUACAAAGUUGAACAGACUCGAGACGGAAGUAACUUCGUCAACUGCGGUACGACCCAAAGUGACGACCCUGACACUGACCGUACCUGUCACUGCGACCCUUCCACUCGCCGUUGUAGCGACAGAAUCAACAAGUUCGUUGUUGACGACACCAUCACCUUCUCCGAGAAUAUCACCGGCGACGGAGCCAGCAUCGAAGUCUCCAAACGACCCCUCGUCACCCACGUAUAACCCCGAAGUGAUUGUCGACGAUGAUAAUGCGACUGAAGAUCCGGAAGACGAUGAACAGGGUAGACGUUUUAAUCUAGCGACGCGAAAAAUGUCCAACGGGGUAGAGGUGAUCGUCGCCGGACCGACGCAGCUCCACGUGCCGAGGUGGGAAUCGGCGAGUCCCCCCGCGACGCUGACGUUAUCCGACGCUGUCAUGAUGUUAAUGCCGCGAGACAAGCCUCAGGAAUUUGUGACGAAGACAUGCGCAACGACUUUCACCUACUUGACGACCUUCACCGACCAGGACGGCUCGGCUAGGGUCUCAACUCAACAUGAGGUCGUCUACAACACCGCAACAGAGGAAAGACAUAUCACCGAUCCCGCCAUCCCGGGGGUCGGUUUCACCCUUGAAGCUUCACCGACACUCGGCACCAAGGUCUUCGAAACUACAUACGCUUAUCUCGACCUUCCCGUCGAGAGCCGCGCUACGACUGUCAUCAAAAACACCGUCACGGCACCACAAAAAUAUCUGGACCUCGUCCUCGAACCAUCCGAAGCACCUCCGCCGGAAACCAAUACUUACCUAAGCACAAGAACUCUGGAAAGAACGAUCACCGAGAAUGGCAAGGCGACGGUUCAUUCGAUGAACGAUGUCGUCACUCGGCUAGUUGUUACCGGGUCUGCGGGAUCCCCACGCUCAACAACGAGUAGCGACGGAGCUGGAACGGAAUCUACUCCGACGAAAAAAGGGUCGUCAAUGUCAGAGGAUCUGGAACCUGAGAUCGUCAAGACGUACUACGUAACGUAUAGUUACUACAGUACGUUUUUGGAACAAGGCAGCACGGUGAUCAAGACGAACGUCGCCACGUCUUCUGACGUUGUGACAGAGAAAGGCCCCGUGAGAAAAACCACCGGUAUAAGUGAAACGACGUCGGAGGUUGAGAGCCCCGCAACUUCCGAAACCUCCGUGACCCCCGUGAUCCUCGAAACUCCUACGAUUCCCGCGAAUACAGAACCGAUCCAGAUAUUUGCCACUAAAACGUAUCUGACGACUUUCACUUACUUCACUACUUUGCUGCAGGCUGGCGAAGACGGCGAAACUUCGACGACGGUUUCAUCCCGAUCCCGGAUCGUAGAAAAUGUGGUAACGGAAUCCAUUACGCCUAGUCUUUUGAACGCGGGGUACAUGAACGUCCUUUUGACUACAUCCCAGUCUCAGAAAUCUGCAAUACCGGCAGAUAAGCCUACCGAAGCGAAUCAGGUCAACAAUGUGGUAACAGGCUCAACGAUCAUCUUCUUCGACGAGGAAGACCGAAUCGAUCCAACUUCUACUUCUACGACAUCAGUUUUCCCUGCAACGGAAACUGUUGACAAAUCGUCAGUCUCACCUGGACCCGAAACUCGUCCAACGACUCCGCCAACGACCGCAGAGGAUACAAAGCAGGAUCCUGAGACGAGUACGGAUGCUCCCGCUGACAACAACGGCUCUUUCGGCUCUCUCGGUCCCUUCGGUUCUUUCGGAAUCAACGGUCUUUCCGCUUUGGGUCCGGUGAUCACAGCAAUGGCCGGUCUCCUUCAAGGAAAAACAUCCGCAACCCGUCGAAAUGAUACCGCCGAAGACGCUCAGGAUCACCAAGACACGACUACCCAAAGAUCUCCGAUCUACAUACCAGUCUCGGAAUUCGCAGACGGUGAUAUCGAGACCGCCGAGAGCCAGAAUAUCGGCAAUCGUUUGGCAAACUUGAAUCGCAACUAUAUCCCAGAAACGCGUCACAAAUCUUCGGCUAGUCUAGCAAAUGGUAUUCCGAUCUCUCCUGGAGAAGUUAUAACCGCAAAUAGCGAUGUCAUAAUCGGGAAACCCGGGAGGAUCGGUGGGCCUAGACCACCACAUACUUAUAACCGAGAGGAUGAACAUAUGGGCAUCAGACCACCGCCGCCUCCGUCACAAGCACUUCUCCAACCGGUUCGUCCCCAUGUCCAUAGGGCAACUCCUGACCACCAUGAAACUCAGGUGCAAAUCCUUCCAGCGCGGCAGGUUUUUGAAGAACAUUUACAAGUGCCAAUUAAGUAUGGGAGUUCUAGUGAACCUCAACAGAAUCAAGCGAUACAAAAACAUCCGCAGAGGCUUAUUUUGAGGACGGAUCCGGGACACGAUGUCAUGGUGAACGAUCCGCUCCUCAAACCACCAGCUUCUCCUGGAUUAUCGAAAGAACGAGGAAAACCGCAUUCCAAUACCGAUCGUAAUCCGGUACCAGACCCCAAUGAGCCCGUUUGGAGUCCAGAGAAAUAUAGAAGACCCUGGAGCCCCAAGGAUCCGCUGAAACCAGUCGAGUCUCAGGACAUUCGCACAUCGUCCAGCGGCAGUCAAUGGAUAAGGAACGACUCGGAAGAGGCAGCAUCGACACCUCUGAAGGUACACGGUUCCUUGGGCAGACCGGAUUCCUGGCCACAGAACCACGAUCACAAAUCUUCAGAGAAGAUUGAAAAAUACGAGAGACCGCCAUGGGCUGAAAAAGAUACCCUGGCACCUGGGAAUACCAUCCAUGUUGAUGGCUCCUUGACGCAGCCAAAAGCACCGGAACCAACUAGUAUAAUUCGUCAGGUGGUGCCUCACGUCAUCGACAGGGACACAGGACAACCUCUACUCGUCAAUAUUCAGCCCAGUCAAGUCGCCAACGUUGUAAUACCCCAGGGUGGUAACCAGGCUCUUAUUUUCGGAGACACCAACGAACCCCAUAUCACUGGCCAAUAUUUCGACGACCCUUCACCCUACCCUGAACCGGAAGUCGCGCCGGGCUUUGCCGGCGUUCAAAAGAUCGAACAUUCCCCGCAAUAUUUCGGCCCGGACAAUCCAUCCGAAUAUAUGGUGCCUCCGCCUACACCACAAAUCAAUUUUAAACCGUUACCACAACCUCCCGGUACUCGUUCCCCGGGGCAUUACGAUCGUCCUGGACACCUCCACUCGGAAAUCUCGCAACGGCCGGGGCCAUCAAUGGUGAAAGACUACGGGCAGCGGAGACCAGGAGCCCCACCAUCGUCACCUCCGAGAAGAACCGAGGUCGAGACACCGCCGCAUCGUUACAUUCUGCUCGGCAAACCUUCGGGAGAUUCAAGGCCGGCGAAUGAGAUCCGGGGUGACGGUGUGUCCUGGAAAUUGAAAACCGACCGAAAACCCGUCGUUCCGCAACCUACGGCACAGUCGCGACCCCAAGGACAUUUCGGAGCGACGCAAAUCAGACCGACUGCGAAGCCUCACAACCGCGAUGUCUAUUUGGGAAGACCAGGAGUUUAUCCGAUCAGGAAACCACAGUACCCAUCCAUGCAACCGCCUACUCCGCCAACUUCUUAUAGACCACAUACCAAAAAGCCAGACACGAAUCUUGUGCCACCGAAUUGGACUCCGCCUAAAACAACAUUUAACAGGGAACAGACGCAGGGCGGACAGGAAACUGCGAAUGAUGUUAGCAUCACUGUUUUGGGUAGCGUUUCUUCAAACAACGAAGAAACGAUCACGUCUCAAAUUCUACAUCCGCCGCCGGUAAGGUUCCAGGUGAAUAUUAUUCCCGCUGACACGUCAAACGAUAAUCACCUGGAGAAGAUUGAUCCAGGCACCUCAGGAUCUACCGAGUCGCUCCCUGUGCAACAAAGUACGGGAGAAAAUUUGCCAACGGGUGCUGUCGAGUACCACGAUCCUUCGACGGAUCCCAAAAAAAAUCCCGAAGAUCAGGCGUAUUAUCCACACCUCCUAACGGUAAAACCAGAAGUACAGAGCUUCGGGCAGAUUUUACCCAAUGCAGAAGAUGACCGCGUCCCUGAGAUCUGGAAGGUCAAUACCCAAACCGAACGUUCAACACUGAACAACGAUUCGGAGAUUGGCGAGUCCCAGCCUGUGGGAGUUCAGACACAUCCGCCAAUGAGAGGAGACAUGACCCCUGAACCAGACACGGACGACGAUAAAUCUGAGGAGUUCGAUUUUCCUGGAAAUUUUGUUACGCCUGGGACGAAAGACAGUUUCGGUGGGGUUGGGUCCGUGACAACUGUUGUCGGAAAACCUCUUGAAGUUGAACAAGGUAUCGGGUACGGGCAACAGCAACGGCAACCGGGCCAAGACAACUUUCCGCCUAGUAAAGGAUCGCCUUUUACCCACCACGAGAGAGAACCGGCGAUAGUUCAGGGUGUUCCUUUCCGCCAGGAUCCACAUGAGGUCAAGAGACCUUACGAAGGCCCCAUGAUCGUCAAAGGUAAACCAUUCGGGGUCUACGUAGAUGGUCAUGUGAAUGUUGUCAGGCCAUACGGUGUUUACGAUCAGCGAGAAACGCGACGGCCUACCGUCAAUCACGACGUAGUCCAGGGUGUUCCAUUCGGACAUCAUGGAAACGAAAAAGUGAAACCACAGGCAACCGUCCACGAGGUUCCGCCCCCACCACCGCAGCGCAAUGAAAACGGUAAGCCCUCGACCUUGAAUCCGGUGGAUCGCGGUGACGCGAUGGAUCUGAAGCCACCACCGGUCACGGUCGUUUUUCAACAACAGCAUCAAGGUCAGGGAUCAUUCGGGACCAACAUGAGAGUACCUACCAUUGAAAAUAACCGACCCGAACCGACGUAUACGAGACAGGAAAUUCCGACCAUGCCGCAACCUCCAUCCCCUGAACUUUCGCCGCCAGCAAAACCCUCGACUAACAAAGAUUUCGAUGUCGUGACCGGAAACAGAUCACAACCUAGUCUAAUCACGGGCUCUGGAAAUUAUUACGAAGACGAAAAUGGUUCCGAAUUGAAUUUGGCAGAGUCAAAUUAUCAAAUACCUCACCUGGUUGUUUCCAGUGGUCAAUCUAGACCGGAAGAAACGGUCGGAUCUUUCCCUCAGCGUCGUCCGACGUUCUCUCAAGAUGUCGUCACGGGACCCAGACCCACGUCUGUCGGUCAUUCCCAGCAACCGAACGAUCGCGAUGACCUUGAGUUUUCCAUGCCAGUAGAAAACACCGGAGAUGAUAACGGGGAUAGCGAUACGCAGACCGAACGACCCCCGAGCAUGUUUUCAGGGACCACUAGAAAAACACCAACGCAAUCGACCGAGUUGUCGACGAAUCUUGCCGCACCUAAACCAGCUGGUGAAAUCCAAAAACAUCGAGAAGUUCCGACCAAUGUUCGUGAUCCCCUUGCGACCAAGGAGCCUACUCCAACGUCUCAAUCUAGGCAGAGACCGAGGGUUCCGUACCGCGAUAUGAUGCCACCGCCUUUAAGACCCGCUGUUGGUUUUCAUGGGAACAAGGCAAGCGGAAACGAACACUCUGGUCAGAACGAGGGUCUCGAACCACCGCCACUGCCUACGGAUGUCGUGGGCAUGUCACCACCACCACCGAAAUAUAAUCCACCGGAGGAGACUACCACCGUUGCCACGAGACCUUUCCUCGUCGAGCUUCUGUCCCAGGACAUGGUCCCCCCAGCUCCAUUCGCGGCAAAUAAGUCGCAUCCGAUGCAAGAUGUGGUGACCGUACAACCAGCUGUUACGGUAUCCGGUUCCGUUCGAAAAGCGACCGCAUUAGCAAAGCCUCACGUACCUUUUGCUCAAGACGUGGACGACGCGAUUCCUGUUGUCCACGGAACCGUCGACCUGCCCGUUAUUAUCGAAAUGCACGGACCUCGGCCUCUCCAACCCCCCAGCUUGGCACCGGAAACCAAAAAGUCCGAAAUCGUCAGUAUUUACACCGGUAGACCCUUCGAGUCGAAACCGAUUUCCAAACCAUCCGUCCAGCCAACGAUUAUCACUGCAACUAGCUUGCCUUCGUCGUCGACGGUCGUACGACCCCUUCAUACGGAUGCUAUAGAACCGAGUCGGACUUCCACCUACAGUGCGAUCGUUCGCCCAACCAGAUUGACUUCUCUCGUGGCUGAGGUUAUCAACGAAGAUUUACCGGCGACCACCAAACGUCCCGUGCGUCCAGGAUGGCCUAGGCGACCGAAUAGACCUGUUUUCCUGCAGCCAAGCGAAGACAUUGAUACUCCAUCGUCGACCGUAAAACCGACACAGUCUUUAUCGAGCGUUGUCAGCUCCGUUGAAACAGUUGCAAUGACAGCGAAAUCUUCGUCCAAGACAUACGAGGCACCACCUGCUAGAACAACAACGCGAGUAACGGAACCUGAAGUCCGAGUGACGGCCGCUCAAACUGUCAAGGAAUCGUCGCACAGUGAAGCAACAACGCAGUUACCACCGAACGAAACCGACCAUGAAACGGUCCUGUACGUCGUGACAACCAGACUCCCAUCGGUGUCCUCGUCUACGACGAGGACUCUUUUAUUGACCAGGACUCGCACGCUUACGUCAACGACGGUAGAAACGGUGACCGAAACGUUGCUGCAACCCGCAAGUCCCACGACUAUUUUAUCUUCCUCUACGGUGAUAAGACCGAUAAUUCGCAUUUCGGAAACACCGGGCGAAAACGAAUCGAUAUUCGUCGUCAUGAGUGAUCAGAAUCCCCCUGAACCAGGCGCAGAAGAGGUCGAGGCUGAGUACGGGGACGAAGAUGCGGAGGCGACCAGGGACGAACAGGAUACGGGGGGUAACGAGAUCCACCGCGUUUUAGCGGGAGGAAUCCUCGGAGCGCCGGUAUUCCCUCGGGAACCAUUCGCAGGUCGGUGCGUUCCAGAAUGUAGAUCCUCCAAAGCUGAAGUAUGCUCGGACGUCGACGGUGACAGCAAAUGCGUUUGUAGACCAGGAUUCGCCCGUAUGUUCCCCGACCGACCGUGCAAACCAAUUUACACCUACACCUUACGCGUUGGACUGGAUCGCGUUGGCCGAGAUCCGGUUUCUGCGUACGCCUCAAGUUUGAAUAACAAGUCAUCGAACGAAUACCGUAAAUUAGCCGAGCCGACGAAAGAAGCUUUGGAUCGUACGAUGAUGCAGAGUGAUUUGAGGGACCUUUACAGAGGUCUGGACGUCGCUCGGUUUACGCUCGAUCCGGCAGCAGGCGUGGAAUUCCACGCUCAAUUCAGCGAAAAUGCCAACGAGACCCGCUUGAAAGAAGUCGUUCGAAAGUACCUCGUUGGGAAUAACUACAGUCUCGGUGGAACCGAAGUUUACGCAUCCAGAGACCUCGAAACGGUCGACGCUAUGGACUUCGACGAGUGCGCUACGGAAGAGGGUGGCCCCCAUCACGAUUGUUCACCUCACGCGGCAUGUUUCAAUCUUCGAGGAUCGUACCAAUGCUCGUGCCAAGAAGGAUGGGCCGAUCUUUCGGACAACUUGCCGGCCUAUCCCGGAAGAGUCUGCUCUCAGGCGCCACUGGGUUGUGCAGCUUGCAACAAUAAAGGGCUGUGCGUUGUGAAUACCAAUGGUCAAGAGGUCUGCGAGUGUUUCCCAUGGCACAGCGGACAACGUUGUCAAGUGAAUCUGAAAGUUCUCCUAAUCGCCCUCGUUACUACCGGCAUCGUUUUACUGGGUCUUUUGGGGGCCUGCGUGGGACUCGCAUGCCUUGGAAGACCAGGUCGAAGGUCGGGUCACCGUUUCAGCGAUCGUCGGGCUAUAAUUCCUGGCGGAGCUGGUGGUGGAGAUACCAGCAGCGAGGGUAGUGCCGCAGAUUUGGCGACGAUUCCCCAUCACGUUCCUCACGUUCUGCCGGCGCCGCCUCAAACCGUUGCUCCGGCUCCCCCGAGCAAACGACCCAAACGCAGCGUUGCAAGCUUCGCUCCGUCGAUCCCUGGGAUCCCCGCCCAUUCGAGAGGUGCUCCUCCGGUAAACCGACCGCGUGAUAGCGUGAGAUCGAAAGGAGGUGCGGUAAAUACCGACGAACAGAGGGACAGAUCAUUGACGGUGAUGAUACCUCGUGCAAAGUAUCGGUCAGCGCCUCAGUCCCCACAAUCACCGUCUAGUUUCAAACCCCCCGUUGGUAAUCUGGCAGCGGACGAAAGAAAGUUAUUGAAUUAUUUAGAAGGCGGACCAAGACCGGAAACUAGGAAACCUAGCUUGGUAGGAGUUAAAAGAGAUUCCGUAUGCAAGGAGAUAAUCCUUGAUCAGCAACAGGGAACUCGAGCUUCACCUGCAGGCGGACAUCUGCCCGUGGGCGCUCUAGUCAGCGCUGGAUUCCAGGUUUCCGCAACAGUAACUCGUCCAGCGGAUGCGGAAUCUACUUUGGCCCGUUCCUGUGGUGAAACUACGGUAGAAACAUCGACGAAAAUUCUUCGCAACAGCGACAUACUUAGAGGUGACCUUUGUUCGACUCUUGCCCGGUCUUGCGGUGAGACAACGAUUCAAGCACCGACGAAAUUGUCAAGGGUUGACCUUGGCGAGGCGGGUUCAACCUUAGCCAGAUCAUGCGGUGAAACGACCAUUCAGCCGCCAACGAAAAUGACCGAAGAUCAUAGGAGCAGCAGAGAACCUCGGGAUAACGCGAGCGAUGGGCAUACGAUGGCAGAACGUGACGUAGGCGGUACCCUCAGAAUGCCAGCUCAAAGGCCGCCGUUCUACGAUCCUGAUAGGGCCAGCGACAGGGAGUCGAAUUUCGAUUCUCUGUGAUCCAGCGACGGAGCUGAAAAAGCUCGUCUGAAGGAUCGAGGAAUGAAAUUGAAAGGUCGCCAAGAUCCAGUCGACGACCCUGACGUCGAUAAAAACUAAGUACUAAAUUCGUUGCUGCCAAAUAAUUCCCCCAAUCCUCCCUCUCCCUUACCUCGCUCCCGACUCCCGUUUGUUCCAUAUCGCCCUACAUCACAUUCCCUCCAUCGCCCAAUACUUACCUAGAUAUACCUACUUACGUACAUAUAUUUAUGGGUAUCUAGCAAUAAGUAUAUAGGUAGAUCCAGAUGCGACUAUUUAUUUUAUAUAUACCUAUAUUACGUGUAAGAAUAUCUUUUUAUACAAUUUUUUUUUUCUUCUCGAGACGCUAUACCUCUUUAUUAUAUACAUAUGUAUAUUAUCAGAAAACCCCCCCGACAAGUGAAUGCGACUAUGAAUACAUAUAGAAAAAAGUAUAUCAACGUCAACACUUCUCUUUCUGUACAAAAAAAAAACACGCACGUAGACGUGCGGUGUACACCAUUUCUGCUAACCCGUACCUAAUACCCGUACCUAUGACUAUAUUAAAGCCGCGUUUAAGUUUGUGCCAAAAUAGAACCAAUGAAAACUGAAUGGAAAACAUUUAUACAUUCGGUUCUGCAUGUCGAACAUAUGUAUAAAAAGAGAACGAAACUCAAUCGAUAUACACCUAAUCGAACGUCGGAAUAUACCCAUAAUCGCCACUUGUAUGUGGUUCUGAACGUACGGGACGAAGAGAAUGAAGGAAAACUAAAAAAAUCAUCUAAAAAUUACCAACGAAUAUCUGAUGGGGGCGAGCUCAAAUAUUGAAUAUAUACAUAUAGAAAUAUAUACGUACCUAUAACUCAGUCUGUAUGUUAUGCACAGCGUAAAUAAUCUUGGAAGAUAAACGGCAGAGUACGAUGGCGGAUCUGAUAUUAUACGUAUGUAUGUCGAAUACUUGGAAAUAUUAUUUUCGCCAACGUACCGCGUCGUAUAGUUAUUGCUGUUAUUGUUGUUGUUGUUGCUGUUUCCGUUGUUUUAGUAGUCUAUUAUAAUAAGAUUAUACAUAUACACAAGAAAAGAAAAUCAUUGUAUAAUAAUAAUAAUAAUAAUAAUAAUAAUAAUAAUAAUAAUACAA